GGCCUUAGCCAGGCGAACCCUCCCGAAUUUCCAGUUACGAAACCGAUUUUCUCAAUGUUCAAAGACUUUUAAAACAAAUGUGUCCCAUGGAAACAUCAGUAAUAACCCAAGAAUGUACCUGUAUGGCACGGCAGUCGCAGCCUCUGCAUACUUUGGAUGGAAAUGGCUUGAGAAACAAGCAGUGGUUCAAGCAGCCAAACCUACUCGUCGAGUGACUGAUGAGCUGUCUUUGCGAGGUCUAAAACUCAAUCAUCGUGAGCGCCGGUUUAUCAAGUUUGCUUCUGCAGAGUACCAGGGUCAGCUCUACAUGACCCCGCAGGACUUCAUAGAAUCUGUCACCGACUCAGAGCCCAGGCCACGUUUGAAGCGAAGGAGAAUAUUUGAGAAGGACCUUGAACGUUUUGCUCAAGAAACUCCAAUUUUAGCUAAGGGAUCACCAGAUAUGUUCAGAAAUAUAUUUGACAAGGGUAUUAUUUCUUAUACAGAGUACUUGUUUUUGCUUUCUAUUCUUACAAAGCCUCAAACAGGAUUUCGCAUUGCUUUCAACAUGUUCGACACAGAUGGUAAUGAGCGAGUUGACAAAGAAGAAUUUCUAGUGUUAAUGGAGAUGAUCACUGCUGGUGUAUUCCGGGCCUAUGCCUCUUGGGUAUCUGAUACGUCCAAGAGUGAUAGCAUGGACUCCAAGAAGCUCAAGAGUCUUCAAGACACAAGGCAGGUCGUAAGUGAGCUGCUCGUGGGCCAGUCACCCAACAACGUACGUGUGGGGCUGGAAAAAAUCUUCAGCACUGCUCGAAGAGACCGGCUAAACCGAGCCCUGGAGGGGGCAGUCAAGUCAAGUGAUACAGGUGACGAUGUUGAAGUACUGGAGGAUGAGCUACAGAAGAGUCACGUCGUUGACACUACGCUCUUACUUCAUUUUUUUGGACGUAAAGGGAAACAAGACCUCAAAUUUGAAGAGUUCCAGAUGUUUAUGGAGAACCUUCAAACUGAGGUGUUAGAAAUAGAAUUCAAUGAAUUUUCCAAGGGCUUGCCAGCAAUCACUGAGCUAGACUUUGCUAAAAUCUUGCUUCGUUACACCUAUCUUCAGUCUGACCAGUAUGAAAUGUACCUCGAGAGAUUGCUGGAUCGUAUUCCUGAAGGGAAAGGCAUCACAUUUAGUGAAUUCAAGUCAUUCUGUCAGUUUCUCAACACCCUUGAUGACUUUGCCAUUGCAAUGCGAAUGUACACGUUAGCUGACCAACCUAUUUCUCAAGAGGAAUUUCACCGAGCAGUCAAGAUUUGCACAGGAGCAGAGCUGAGCCCACACAUUGUUGACACAGUCUUCAAGAUUUUUGAUGAUGAUGGGGAUGGUCAACUCAGUUACAAGGAGUUCAUAGCUAUAAUGCGAGACCGUCUUCAUCGUGGUUUUAAGCACACGUCCCGCAGCGAAGGUUGGGAUGCAUUCAAGCAGUGUGUCAAGAGUGAAAUGAAGGCUGUUGUAUGAAGAGGAGCCGUACUAAGUCUGAAGCAGCAACAAGUGAGGGAAGGCUGGGAAGGUUUCAAGGCAUGUGUGAAGGAAGCCAUGAAUUCUGACCAGCCCCAGCAGUCAAGUCUCACAUAAAGGAAGCCAUGAAUUCUGACCAGCCCCAGCAGCCAAGUCUCAUGUAAAGGAUUCUUGUGAUCAUCCGAGUGGUCAGGUACUGCUUACAGUAAAGGAUUUUGGUUGUCAUCUCUGGUGCAUGAUGUGCUAGAGUUGUCACAGUCUGGUACACCAUUACCUAGUUUUAUUGCAGAAUCUCAUUAACUAUACAAAAGAAGUCUGAUUAGUGAUUGGCUUUAAAUCAAACUUAAAGAGUUAUGAUUGCUAAUUGAUUUUAUGUAUUUAUGUAUGUCACAUGUAUUCAAUGCUGGGGUGCACUUAUAGAAAAUCAAAAUCUUUUUGACGUUCUCACAGAGUUUGUCGGAUAUUAACUCAGGUGAGAGUUGUCUCUGGAGUCUGGGGACUUGACAUGACGCACAGACAGUCAUGAAGUGCCCCUCCAACUCUUUCUGGCUGAAAGUCAAACUUGCAUGUUCUUUGUUGGGAGUUUAAAGCAUUACCAUGAGGUAUGGCUCUAUAUCUUUUACUCAUAUAGAAUCUUUCUCAAGUAAUUUUGGGGCUUUCAGGUUGUACCAUACAUGAUUAGUCCUUGUGGUACUGUAUUGUAAGAAAAGACAAAAGAUCGGAAGGUGGUGGUGAGAGAGAGAUUCCUGUUAUGGAGCUCCUCUUCCAACCCGAUUGAGCUGACAACAAUAUGUUUCACAAGGAGAUAGAGAAAUUUGUUUGUCAGGUAUGUAAAGCAGAAUGACAGGCAGUAGCUAAAUGUGAGAACAUGAUUGUCAGUGGCUGAACUGUAUGGAGGAAAUUGUGUAUGGCUAGGUCUAAUGUUCCACGGAAAAAUAUAUAUACUCUGUAUAUACUGUAUAUACAGUAUAGAAGAUGGCUAUACCUCAAUUGCUGUCACUUCUCUUCUAGAUACUGUACUGUUGGAACGGAGAGUCUUGGCAAACUUGAGUGUAAGUCUG